AUGGGUUCGUCGGCCGAGGACACGUUCAAAGUCAUUCAAAAGACACUCGAGCCAUACAUUCGACCACGGGAAGAAGUCACGCAUAUAAGGCAGAUCCUGGCUGUGCACCUCGAUUCAUGUCUUGACGAUGAAACUGCAGGCGAGCCUUUGGCUCUCAUCGAUGCUAGAAGCCCCUGCUCUUCUUCGACAGCACGUGGCUUACAGAAAGAGUAUCUCGAGGCGUUGAACGCAAACAUCGAGGCCCGCAAUGAGUUUGCUGCAUGCUGUCGCGUGCAGGAAAAGCGGACUCGACAACAGCCGGACACUUCUACCGGACAAGGCGCAGACCGACUACAGGAACAUGUUGCGGCCAUCCGCCUCCGACAGAGAGCCGACAAGCUCCAGGUCAUCAAAAGAAGCUUCAACUCGCUUGGGCAAAAACCAGCAGCAUCGCCUGAUUUCCUGGAUUCAGAGGAGAUCUUCAGGGAUGCAAAACCCCUUCCGACUGUACCCCACGAAUUAGUGACUGCUCUCACUGUCGGCAAAACAACUGCUGGUCCGCACUUGCAGGAGCUCAUCGAUCAACUGGAAAAGCAUGUUCUUCAAACCAAGCUCCUGCUGAGACGUGAGGAGCAGCUGCUGGAAAAGGUCAAGUCACGAUCCGUCGCCAGACCAGGAAACAUCAGUGAAAGCGCCAAACUCGCGGCGCUUGAGCGAACUAGAGCUGAGCUCAUCAGCUGGAUAGAGACGGAGCUCGGAAAGGCCGCGGCGGAUGAGGGUGCUGCCGAAGGACAAGACGCGCAAAGGCAUCGUCCCCGCGGGGAUUCCUUCAACAUGGAGGAACAGCUCGGAAGCAUCAAGGAGAAGUACGCCCAGUAUCUCGGAGCACGGCAGGCUCUUCUUCAACUUGCCAGUCAACGGCCUCUGCCCGUCAUGAAACCUCCAGUGAAGGAAGCGAAACCACAAGAUGCUUCGGCACCCAGACCACCUCCCACUGCACACCUCUUGUCGCCCCAACUCGAGCAGCUGCUUUCUCUCUCGCACGAGCAGAAAGGGUUCAUCGCUGAGAAGUCCCACCUCAAUGCCGCCAUUUCUAAACAACUGAAGGAGAACAGUCAAGUUCUGGAGCACCUGGCCGAAGAAAGUCAUCUGAUCCCGGCUCACCCAAUGCCAGGAGCUCCAGGGUCUAGCACAGCAUUUGCUGAUGCGGUGUCGGCCACGAAGAUUUCCGGUCUAACCAACAAGGUCAAGCCCUGGGUGUUUGCUGCCGACUCUGCCAAAAUCUCAACGCUGGAAGCCGUGGCCGAGAAGAUCGAGGAGGGACAGAUUGCCCUUGAGAGCUCGAUGCGGACGCUUGAGGAGAUCGAUGAAUUGCUUGGGCAGUUGCCAGACAAGAAGCAGGAGGAGGAACAGCCCAGCACAGGCGAGGACGACCUCUGGCUGGCCGAGGGGCAACAUGCGGGCAAAAGCGCUGGGGCGAGAAAACAUACCCUUCGAAAGGCAGACACACCGGCACAACCCAACACCGUUUGGGACACAUUAGAUGGAAAGCUCGGUUUACUUCGCCCCGAGAGAGAUACCAUAUGA